GUGGUAUGCCUAUGAUUACUGAUUAUUAGAUUGGUAUAAUUACUAUUAUUAUGAUUUUUAUAAAUUAUUGUUGGGCUACGAAGAGUAAUGAUCUUAUAAGGAUUAUGAUAAGGUUUGGUAUUAAAAGCACUCUUAAAUUUUUUUUUUUCGACCUUUUAACUGGACAUAAGCUUAAAUUUGGAGCCCGUAUUUUUAAUCAUCAUAUUAAUACAAGUAUGUGGUUGGGGAGGUUGCUUAGUUUCUACGAGAACACCAAGAAUAAAGCAGAGCAACAAGGUUCUCUCACUCUAGUAGAAAACAACGACUUUACAAAAUGUCAAUCUCAAAAUCCCCCUCCAUUUCUCUCCUCCUUGGCCACCUCUUACUACUACCCUGCACACAUGCGCAAGAAGUUCCUGCAGUGGCGGCGGCGGCGGCGGCGGCAGCAGCUGCAGCCCCACGAGCCUCUGGUCUCGACUGCUCGGAGGCGCUGCUGAACCUGUCGGCGUGCCUGACGUAUGUGGUGCAGGGCAGCAACCUGACACGGCCCAAAAAAGGCUGCUGCCCUGCGCUCGCUGGCCUUAUCAACGGUGAGCCAAUCUGCCUCUGCCAGCUCAUUGCCGGCUAUGGCGGCGGCAGCAGCGGCCUCGGCGUGCAGAUCGACGCCACACGGGUGCUGACCCUCCCGACUAUUUGUCGUGUCGAUGCGCCGCCGACGAGCCUCUGCGCCGUGCUUGGGGUUCCCGUUGCGAGUGUGUCACCAACAAGUGGAGGACCAGAAGAAGCGGGUAUCAACAUUGACCCCUCUCUCUCUCUCUCUCUCUCUCUCUAGAUCAUCUUAAGUUUAGUUGAUAAUUUUUUUUGAAUUUUUUAAUUAGAUUUUAAUAAUAUUUUGGGAAAUUAAUUUGUGUGGAGCAUAAACUGAACAAUGGGUUCUUUGUAACCUAGUACCUGAACAAGUGCACUUUAACAAUUAGAUUUUGGCCCGAAUUUCCAAAUUUGAACUCUAGUUAUCUUAUAAUUUCAGUUAAAGAAUAUACGAAUUAGAUAGCAUGUUACCUCAAUUUCUCUCUCCAAAAAAUAAAAAGUUUCUGUGAUAUUAUAAAAUUAAAAUUUUUAAGUACCUAUUUACAAUUUGCUCGUUGUUAACCUCCAUAAUUUUUUUUUUGAAAUUUGUUAAUCUUGAGUUUUGACAAGUGAACACGUACCUUACUCUUAAAUAUUCUUUAAUUAUAUCAUAAAAUUUGCUUUAACCGAGUAUACGUCUCCCACA